AUGCUGGUCUACGACUCCGGGAACUUCAGAACAUCAGAUGUCUUUGUUCAUCUGGUUGUAACUCACCACAAGUUACAACAACACGCUGAUCUACGACUCCGGGAACUUCAGAACAUCAGGUGUCUUUGUUCAUCUGGUUGUAACUCACCACAAGUUACAACAACAGGUGGCGGAUCACUUUCUGACAGCGACACUGAGAGUGAACCUGGCAUCCCCAUCAAGAGGAAACAGAGGCGCUCCAGGACCACUUUCACAGCGGAGCAGCUAGAAGAGCUGGAGAGAGCGUUUGAGAGGACGCAAUACCCAGACGUCUAUACCAGGGAGGAGCUGGCUCAGAGGACCAAACUGACGGAGGCCAGGGUGCAGGUGUGGUUCAGCAACAGACGUGCCCGCUGGCGGAAACAAAUGACAGGGCAGGGUAUGGGAGUAACUGCACUCAACGCCCUGGCUAUGAGUACCAACUAUCCCGGCACUCUACCCCCAACCCUCCACCCUGCUACCAGUGCCCAGGCACCCAUUGCGUCUGCUGGUGUUGCAACACCCACCAACACCAUGAGUGCACCACACCACCACUACCCCACCCACGACCACACCAGCGUCCACCAGACUCACGGAGACUCGAACGCUUGGUCGAGAGCCGCCCUUAUGAACCAGCAGGUGUCAGUAGGUAGCGGUAACAGCGGUUCAGCAGGCGGGAUGGCCGACGGCAGCCUACAGACCAACCUACAGACCAACUCCCAGACUAACCUACAGAGUCAGAUGAUGUCCAUGCUCUCCAGUAACACUAACGCCGCCUCCAUCUUCACCUCCGGCAGUCACGGCUCCUUCCUCCAGUCCGGAGGUUGUGGGUCUGGCUCUGCUGGUCUCCUGGGCACUCACGGAGGCUCGGCCUCCGACUAUACCGCCGCCUCCGCCAACGGUCUGGCGGCGACGUCAGGCGGACACCACCACCAGCACCUGCACGGUGACACUUGGUCUCCAGCUCUCAAGUCUGGCGACACCUGGGCUUCCCACCACCACCACGCACACCACAUCCCUUACGACAACUACAGCACCAUGAUGAGUGGCAGUGAGAUGCUGAUGAGCAGUCAGCACUUCCCAGUGGAGAGUAUGAAAACUGCGGCUGCGGCCUUCCACUACCCAACUCAAUACACCGCGGCCGCAGCAGCCGCCAAUUUCAACCAGCAGCUGCGGCACCAUAAAGGAGCACCUUUACCACUCUUCUAGCACUCGUUAAGAGAUGGAGGUAGUAGUUGUGGUGCGCACCUAAUGUAUACUGCCUCCCGUGGGUGCUAGGUCGUGCACCUGCGUACAGGGAACUGCCUCAACCACUAUGCUGAAAUACGCAUGACACAAUAUGGUGAAAUUAACAAAUUACUUAAAGAAUCACUGGGUCUGGACGGCUCUCCUAGGGUAGGUUGUAGUCGCUUCCGGAGGACACCAAGUACUGUUGACACAUAACAUUGUAAUAAUUCUAAAGAAAGAACGACUUAUGUGGAUGCUCUGUAGUGUCUACGUCACUUGUAGAGCUCGGGAGGAUAUUUAUGAUUGAAACUGACUUGAGUGAGUCGCUACAGAUGCAAAAAUCAUAAUAUUUAUGAUGUAGAGAAGGUAUUUUUCGUAGCAGAAA